UGCCGCGCGCCGCUCCCGCGGUAGGGGCUAAGGCGGCGGAGCGGCGCAGUGCAUGCAGGGAGUUAGAGUCUAGCGGCUGUACCUGUAUUUGUAGAAUGGGCUCUGUGGGCUUCGGGGGCUGCGGUGCAUUCUGGGAGCUAUAGGCCCUAUGGUGCAUUUUGGGGGCUGUACUUCAUCAGCUGCUGACCCAGGACAGUGUAAUAGGGUCACAACCCGCAGUCCCAAUGCCCGAAUAAAACCAUGGCCGGGGCUUGGUGGGGAAAUCUCAACUGCAUGAUGGCAAGGGAGCGGUGCAGAGGCAACACGAGGGUGCAUUGGCAUCCUGUGUCAUGAGCUUGGUACAGUGACUGCCCAUCGAGCAUCAAGGAAAAUGGCUGAUCCAAAGAAGGUGGUGGAUAGCAACAGUGAAGUAGAUAAAACUGAAGCAUCAGACACUGAAAAGCCAAUGAUAGAACACACACACAUAAAGCCACAAGCAGAAGACAAUACAGAGACUGAUCACAUUAGCACUGCAGAGGCAUCGGUUCUUCUGAAAACAAGGACAGAUGCAUCACAAUCAAAUGAGGAUGGACUACAGAAGGAGCAGGAACCAGCUCCAGAGGCUCGCGGGCAGGAACCGGAGCAGGAACCAGCUCCAGAGUCUCGCGGGCAGGAACCGGAGCAGGAACCAGCUCCCAAGGCUCACGGGCAGGAACCGGAGCAGGAACCAGCUCCCGAGGCUCGCGGGCAGGAACUGGAGCAGGAACCAGCUCCAGAGACUCGCGGGCAGGAACCGGAGCAGGAACCUGCUCCAGAACCUCACGGGCAGGAACCCGCUCCAGAGCCUCAAGGGCAGGAACCAGCUCUUGAAGAACAAGAGCAGACAAGCAUAGAAGGGCAGGAACCAGCUCUUGAGGAGCAAGAGCAGACAAGUGUAGAAGGGCAGGAACCAGCUCUUGAACAGGAAAAUGAUCUUGCUGUGGGUAAUCAAGAAGAAUUGCUUGAAAAAGGUGAACAAGGUGUAUCUGAGCCAACUGCUCCAUUAACUGAAAUAACUGAAGAAAUUUCUCAAAUUACUACAGAAACAUUUACUAAGUUGUUAGCAGCUGAAAUAUACAACUUAGAUAGGGUGCAACUGGAGGCUUUGGAAUCUGAGAGGUCAGUGCCAGAAGUGAUGACAAAUGCUACAGCAACAGUUAAAAUCAUGUUGGUUCCUGAUAUCCAGAGGAUCACAAUGGCUUUUAACAUUGACCAAACUGUAGGGAAGCUCAAGCAAUGCUUUGCAUCCCAGCUAAAAGUACCACAGGAUGUCUUACAGGUCAUGUUUCAAGGGAGGCUAAUUGAGGAUAGUGAGACUCUAAUGGAUAUUGGAGUUAGGCCUCAGGGCACUAUCCAGAUUGAGAUGUUCUCUCUUGAUUCAGAACAGUACCCAAUCAAAGCAAUUAAAUUGCAGCAGGACUACAACAUGCCUGAUGUCAUAACUGUGAGAGUGCAAACAGAUUCUGACACAUUCCAAGAUGUAGCAGUAGAGAUUGAAAGGCCUACCUAUCGUAAACCAUUUCUGGGAGGAUUUAAGCAUAGGGUAACAGGUGUGGAAUUUCAUAAUGCAGGAUCACAAACAGUACCCAAAAAACGAUGUGACAAAGGAAUUAAAGUAUUUUGCAGGGAGACACAGACCAUUGUGGAGAAAAAUAAGCGCCAACAGACUAGAAAUACAACCUCCACACAGAUGACUAAAAUUGGCCUGUAUGUGUCAAACAUGACUGACAAGCUAAUAGAACCAAGAACAUAUCUUACAGCAGAAGAAUAUCAUAAACAAAGACUUGAUGCAGUAAUAGUAUUACAGACUUAUUUCCGACGAUGGCAUGCCAUAAAUGUUGUACAGAAAUUAAGAGAAGAAAAAAGGUUGCGGUUAGAAUGGGAGGCACAAGAAGAGUUAAGGAAAAAAAGAGAGAAGGAAGAAAGAUUGAGAAGGGAGCGUGAGCGAAGAUUGAAUCCUAAAACAAAGGAAGACUUUGAACUACUUUACCAUGCUUUAGAAUUAUGGAGGCAGGAGGAGAUUGAGCGCAUUAACAGCACUCUUGCUGGAGCAGAAAGAAAGGCAGCCCUCUGUGCACUUCUAGAACAAGAGACACAGCUGAUUGCUUCCAUUGGGAGACACAAACUAAAUGCAGAUGAAGAGAACCAGCAAAAAACAAUACUGUUCUUUUUGGAUAAGUGUGCAGAGCCAAAAAGAUGGAAAGCAUAUGAUGGUAAAAUAACUGAAAUGGAUACACAGUUUACACUACGUUCCAGAGAACUGCUUGAGAUUUACCGCAGCAUUAGUAUGAAAGACCUCCCAAAAGAUGAGAGGCUGGAUGUGCUGUUAACACUCAAACAUACAGUGAAGGAACACGAGUGUAAACUCACCCAUGAAAUAGUGGAAUUAAUUGACAGAGAGGCUGAUCUUAUGAUGCGAGGCGUGAAAGAAUGCAAUCUAGAAGGACUCAGAAAAAGAAUAUGCACAUUAUUUCUUCAGUAUAUUAAAACUCCAAUCUUUAACCCUGAGGUUGCUAGAGUACUUAAGGUUCCACCAGAUCCACUAAAGCUUUAUAAAAACAUUUACUUCUGUCGUGGUUGCAAAAGUUACUUGCCCUCUACUGAAUUCUCUGUGCCUGCUAAUUCACGCACUGUCGGCAGGUGCCGCCGUUGUUGCAAGCUCGAUAAUGAGGCCCGGCGUCGAGAAGCCUUUUUGAAAUACAAGCUUAUGCUAAAAAAUCUCAGAAAAUCUGAAGCUGAUUACCAGGAUGAUGCUAAAAUUGCUUAUGUAGUUCAGCAAAAAGAUCUACAGUACAUGGUGGAGAACAUUUGGGGUUGUCAGUCAGCUCUUAGUGCCUGGGAUGAUCUCCAUGAUUUGGUUAUGGUCAGAUGGGAUAAGCACUGUGAAUGGUCUCCAUGGAACACAGUCCUCCUCAGUAAAGAUGAGGCAAAAGCACAUCUCAAGCUGCAUAACCUUCAAGAGGCAUAUGAAAUGGUAUUUAUUCACAGGAUAAAACACAAACAUAUCCUGGCAAAGAACUAUUUCUCUCAGAUUCCAGAGAUGGCAUCAUUUUUGCAUAAAGCUAGUCAGUCAUAUACUAACCUGAGUGCGAUCAUGGCCCUAGUCCGGCUGUUCUACUCCCUCGCUGUGCUGCUCAAAUUGGCUCUGUCUGUGGACCAUGUACCUAUGCUGCUCUGGUCAACUCACAGCUCACUGUGGAACUCUGAAGCUACUUUACAUGAGGGACACAUUAUCUCAAAGCAGGAGCUGCAUAUGCUACUGCAACCUGUGUUUACCCAGGAUUCCAAGAACCUUGUCUUGUUCCUUCAAGAUACGCUUAGCAUCGAUGACUUCACGCAUUACAGUGAAUCUUAUGAAAAUGAGAAGCCAUUUCACAAUGUCCAGGAACUCCUUGAGUCUUCAUCAUCCUCUUUAGUUUUAUCGGCUGUUGACUGUCAGGCUACCAGUUACCUUUUGGAUUAUCUUCAAGAAUCAAUGGAUUGGAAGCUAACAGACGUAGAUGAGUUUGAGGUAUCUAAGCUGGAAGUAGACACAUCCAAGCCCAACAUAUUUGUGAUAAGGCUACAGCCAAUCAGCAGAUUAAAUGAUAUUUCUACUGCAAAGGCUUUCGCUGCAAAUGACAAAAUAAUUGGAAGACUGACUAUGAGUCUACAAGAACAAGGAAUUCAGUUUUCAGUAAUUUAUACUGCAAUGAGACCUUCAAGGAUUCCCAGAAGACCCAAUGUAGUGUUGGAAUCAAGACGGCGACUCAUGGCCACUGAAGCGCAAGUGACAGAUGCAUACUAUCCACUGAAUGUGACCAAUGGAACCAGCACAUGCAUCCUUUUUUAUGCCAGUAAUUUCAGCCUCACAGCCAACAAAUCAGUUCAUGCAGAUUUGACAAAUUUAACAUUUGUGUCCCGUAAGGUGGACUUCAGUUCAUCUCUUUGUUCAGACGCCAAUGCAACGUUGUCAUUGAACUAUACUGGGUUAGUGGAUGGAAUCAACAACCUAAAAAUAAGAUUUCUAAUGACCCAGAAGUUCUAUACAGGCUCUGCUCGAAAAUGGUUUACUUUAGAUUCUGUCGAGAUUGCACAUGACAACCAAAUGGUCGCUAGAUUUAAUGUCUCUAUCAUCUCUGCUCCUGCGGAGUAUUCAUUUCAUUGUCAGCUGGUGGGAACCAGCAGUCUCUAUGGUGCAAAGCUGAUUCCAGCCAACACUGAAGCAAAGAACUGGGAUGUUUACCUUUCUGAGUUCCAAAUUCAAGGCUUCAAUAUUCAUAAUAACUUGUUUUCCUAUGCAAGCGACUGUACAUCUUUCUUCUCUCCUGGAAUCUGGAUGGGCUUGGUAACGUCAAUAGUUUUAUUAUGGAUCCUGACCUAUGGAAUCCACAUGAUCAUGCAGCUCACAACAAACAGUAGAUUUGACGAUCCCAAAGGCCAAGCUCUGUCAAUUCCUCAAACAGAGUAGCAAUGGAUUGUUUUGAUAUUGCUUAAAUGUUUCUUAUUAGUAAGAUUAAGUUUUUGUCACGGUUAUUUUUAGUAAAAGUCAGGGACAGGUCACAGGCAAUAAAUAAACAUUCACAGAAGCACACAAUCUGUCUGUGACUUUUACCAAAAAUAAGGGGCGGGGACUGACUGCCGGGGGGAUGGACAGCCUGAGCCCACCAUCAGAGGAGGAGGGGGGCUGAAGCUGAAGAAGUCACAGAGGUUUGUUAAAAUCAUGGAAUCCGUGACCUCCAUGACUAAAUUAUAUCCUUACUUAUUAGUGAUGUGUGAUUUUUAUGUUCUUUACGCUUUAUAGUGAACGUACUCUAAGCAGUUAGUGUAAUAGAAAGGUUUAGUAAAACUCCACAAAUCUGGAGAAUUAAAUCCUUCCUGAAAAAGGGAACCUUACUCUUGGCAACACUGAUGAUUCUGCCAGCUGUUACCCAUUUGUUCAUAGUUGUCUGAGUUAGUCUACAUUGCCAUUAAAAAGCCACUGGCAUCGAGUCUCAGAGCCCAGGUCAGCUGACUCAGGCUUGUGGGGCUCAGGCUGAGGGGCU